AUGCAACAAGCACCAGUCCUGUUCCUUGUUCCCGGAGCCGCAACAUAUCCUGCCUUCUACGAUGACUUCAAGCGACACGUCUCCUCGAAAGGUCUUGUUUUCCAUACCGUUCAGCUCCGCACCGUGGAAGCUAGGACCCCGGCUGCUACCCUCGCCGAUGAUGUUGAGCUCGUCAGAAGUCACCUAGCGGAUCUUUGCGAGCAAGAUCGAGAUAUCAUCCUGAUGGCACACUCGUUUGGCGGCAUGCCGAUGACAGAGGGUGCGAAAGGCUUCGCCAAGGUUGAUCGUCAAAGACUAGGCCACAAGGGAGGUAUUGUCCAUCUGAUCUACAUCACAUCUAUUGCCGCAGAGGUCGGCGAGUCCAUGGCAUCCACGAAUGCCCAGCCAGGACCCGAUGGGCCAUUAGUCUACGACUUCAUGGUGGACCAUGUCGAGUAUACCGGUCAAGAUCCGGAGCGCAGCGCAGCAACGAAUUUCAAUGCUUUGCCACACGACCAGGGAGUCGAGCAUGCGAAAAGAAUGCCUCUGCAUUCGAAGGCUUGUUUCGGGACGCCUCUGACAUACGCGGCAUAUGCCUACAUCCCGACUUCGUACAUCAGAGUACUGCGGGACAGAUGUUUUCCUCUGUGGUGGCAACAGCGACGUAUCGAUACUAUAGAGAAGAGUCGCGGUGGCCCUAUCGAUGUAUACGAUCUCGAUGCGGACCACUGCUUCAUGGCAUCCUACCCGCGAGAGGCUGCGAAGAUUGUCGGCACGAUUAUGGACAAGCUGAACGGCGGCGGUGUCAAUCAAUGA